GUUGUCAUUUUAAUACAAAUUACUCAGUUGGUAAUCGUAUCCAAGUUAUUUGCCUUGGUGCAUUCUGUCGGAUGUUCUCGCAAUUUCGAAUACCUGUUUUCUUCGGUGAACCAUGAUUUCUAUUCUACUUGCUCUUCUCCUCACCGGCCCACCUCACAAUCUCAAUGAAAUCCAUUUGCGUCCCGCAAUCGACAUCGCGUUUGAGAAGGUGAACGAUGGGGCCGCAGGAGGUCUCUACCACAAUUUUUCUAUGUCCUACAUCUUUCGCGAGACCGGUCCGGACUGCGGUCGGCCGGUCAUGGAGGCUCCUGCCAUCGCCGCCGAACUCUAUCGCCGCUACCCCCUGGACGGCAUCCUUGGAUCCCCAUGUAGCUACGAGACCGUGGGCAUCGCCGAUCUGGCCGCCUACUGGAACCUCCCCGUCGUGACCGGCGUCUCAACGUCGGCCGUCCUCGACGACAAGAAUCGCUAUCGAACCCUCACUCGGACUUCGUUCAAAACUGGAGUUCUCGCGAAAGCUGUUGUUGCAUUUCUUGAGGAGUACGAUUGGCGUCGAUUUGCGUUAGUCUGGCAGUUCCCAGGCUUCUCAUCUCUGUUUGCAACCGCUAUGAAGGAACUGAUGAAGACCGAAGACAAUGUCACUAUGCACGAAUUUGAUCUAAGAGAUUACGAGUCAGUUAAAGAUGCUCUGGACGCCGCCAAGGGUGUGUCAAGAAUCAUCAUCAUAUCUGGACCCGGUGAACUGGUUCGAGAGGCCAUGCUGCACGCGUUCGAUAUGGGACUCGUCAAUGGUGAAUAUGCCUUCGUCAGUAUCGAACCAUUCAGUAAUACUCUGGUGUUUGGAGAUGACAACUGGAAGCAAAACGACGAUCGGGAUGAAGACGCCAAGAAGGCCUACGAAGCCCUCCUCACCGUUCGUCUCUAUGAGCCGCAGACUGACGAGUAUAGAGCAUUUCAGACGGAGCUGGAACGCCGUGAGAUACGGGACUACAACUGGACAAGGCCCGACCCAGAGCAUAAUAAUUUCUUUGCGAGUGCUUUCCACGAUGCUGUGAUCUUGUACAGCUUGGCUGUGAAUGAAACGUUGGCUGAGGGAGGCAAUAUAUCAGAUGGCUACUCUAUCACGAGGAAGAUGUGGAAUCGAUCCUUGGACGGCAUAUCUGGCACAGUCACAAUCAACAAUAACGGCGACCGGAACGCAGACUACUCCAUCUGGGACAUGACUGAUACCGUAAACGGCACAUUUCAGGUCCUAUCGAAUUAUUAUGGGGAGACUGGUAUACUUGAGAGGACGGGGGUGAAGCCGGCAUGGCCAGGAGGGGGUCUCGACCCGCCGAGAGAUGCCCCAGAAUGUGGCUUCCAGAACGAGAAAUGUCAGUCCAAUGAGUUCCCGAUUCUUGGGCUUGUUGGUAUCGUAGCCGUGGUGGUGGUCCUGGCGUCUGCUGGGAUUCUUUUCGUUAUUUACAGGAAACAUCGACUUGAUGCAGAGCUUAUGAGCAUGUCUUGGAAGGUCACGUGGGAUGAGCUUCUAUUUGACGAGAUUGGCAAAUCGGUUGCCACGGCAACGUCUCGUUCUAGCAUAUCUUCGCGGAGAUCAAUGAAUUCUGAAAUACAAGAUGGAGGCCAAAUAUUCGCUACUAUUGCCAGAUACAAGGGUCGUGCAGUUAUGGUGAAGAGAAUCAGCCAAAGAAAGAUUGAAUUGAAUAAAAAUGUCCUCAAAGAACUUAGAAAUAUGAGAAAUCUUGAACACACUAAUGUCGUCCGCUUUGUUGGCGCAUGCGUGGACCCUCCCAACCAAGCGAUUCUGACUGAAUAUUGCCCUCGAGGAAGCCUACAGGACAUCUUGGAGAACGACCAGCUGAAGCUUGACUUGAUGUUUAGACAAUCUCUGUUAAUGGAUGCAGUUAGGGGGCUUCACUACAUCCAUGAUAGUGUCAUUGGGGUCCACGGUCGCCUGACCUCAUCAAACUGCGUGGUCGAUGGCCGGUUCGUGCUGAAGAUCACCGACUUUGGCAUCCCUUCUUUCAGAAAAUCCAACAAAUAUGAGGAUAACAAUUACAAGCUCUUAUGGCGAGCACCGGAGCUCCUCCGAUUCCCUUCCACUUCACCGAGUAAAGAGGGAGACAUAUAUGCUUUGGGAAUUAUAAUGCUCGAGAUAGGAACGCGAUGUGGACCAUUUGACGAAGAAAGAAAAACCAUGGAUACUGAUGGAAUCCUUGAAAAACUGAGGUCAACCGGAAGUGAACCACCGUUUCGUCCUGCCGUACCGGAAGCAGCGUGGGACCCUGUCAUCAAGGAUCUAAUGAAGAGAUGCUGGGCCGAGAACCCAUGCGAUAGACCAACGACAAGCGCCUUGCAGACUACACUCAAGAAGACCAUCAAAGGAACUUCGAGCGGUGGCAAUAUUUUGGACAACCUGCUGAAUCGUAUGGAACAGUACGCAACCAACCUUGAAGCCUUGGUAGAAGAAAGGACAGCGGCCUUCCUGGAAGAGAAGAAACGAUCAGAGAGACUGCUCUAUGAAGUACUUCCAAGAUCGGUAGCAGAACAGCUGAAGCAAGGAAAGUCCGUUGACCCCGAGUCUUAUGAGAAUGUUACCAUUUUCUUCAGCGACAUCGUAGGUUUUACUGCCUUGUCCUCCCAGAGUACACCUUUAGAGGUUGUUGCUCUCUUAAACGACUUAUACACGUGUUUCGACAGCAUCAUAGCUCAUUUCGACGUAUAUAAGGUUGAGACCAUUGGUGAUGCUUACAUGGUUGUAUCGGGACUACCGAUAAGAAACGGUACUGCGCAUGCUCGUGAGAUCGCGCAGAUGUCACUAGCUCUGCUCGGAGCAGUCAAAUCGUUCAAGAUCAGGCAUCGUCCAGAGGAACAGCUAAAACUUCGUGCUGGUAUACAUUCAGGUCCUUGCGUAGCCGGCGUGAUAGGGGUUAAGAUGCCAAGGUAUUGUCUCUUUGGAGACACUGUAAACACCGCAUCUCGAAUGGAAUCAACAGGUGAAGCACUAAAGAUUCAUACAAGUUUGACGAGCAAGACAAUUCUAGAAAAGUUUCAGGUCUUCGUACUUGAGCUGCGGGGACUCGUCGAAAUGAAGGGAAAAGGGCAACAGACGACAUAUUGGUUGCUUUCACAGAAAGAGUGCGACAAAGGAUAAUUCCAGUAACUCUUGUAAAAGGGGAAUUUCACCCUGACAAAAAGAAUAUUGUACAAAUAGCAGAAAAAAUAAUAAAUAUUGCCGAAGGUUUGAGAAAAAUCCAUCAAAGAAUAGAAUAGCUAUUAGAAUUUCAAUUAUUUGAUUUGUGACGUCAUAUGCGAGCAGCAUUCCUACAUAUCAAAUGGUAAAAAACUGAAUGAAAUUUAAUUUUCUCAGAAAAUUGAAAAAUUGAAAAUUGGUUUUUACUUAACCUUUUGUAUAUCAAUAGACAAAUCAUUUUACACCCGAUCAUGAAAAGAGAAUACAAAUAAAUAAUCAGGAACCAUUAUAAAAAUGUUAUAUUACAUAACAUAAUUAUGGGUCAGCUGCUCGUUUAUGACGUUUAUGACGUUAUUAGAACUUAAAAUUCGAAUAACCUUCUUAAUCUUUAAUGGAUUUUCUUCAAACCUUCAAUAUUUUUUUAAUUAUUUAUCUGCUAUUUUUACAACAAAAUUUUCUUCAAGGUGAACUCCGCCUUUAAGGUCACCGUACGGAUGGGCUGGUCUACGAUUCCGUUUGGGAAGAAACCGCAUUUAAAACAUUUCCUUGUAAUGUAAACAUCUAAAAUAAUCGUACAAGAAGUUCAGGAUAACUAUCUAAAUGCUUCUAUCAAAGUUUUCAAAAGGCGGGGGGGGGACAUAUUCCCGAGCAAAAUUUGACAAGC